GGUGUGGAGCCCAGAAUAUUCACGUUGGCGACAUUGUUCCACGCUUUAAUCAACCUAACCUUAUUGAUACUUUGUUUGCAAUCAAAAGAGGAGCACGUGUUCGCAAUAUGAUUCCACCACCUCCACCUGAGAUGAAUCCCAUCUUGGAUGAAGAAAUGAUCUUAGGAGAAGAAGAUGUAGACGAGAUUAUUGAUAUGGGAGAUAUCGAGAAAGUGGAUUCAUCAUCAGAAGAUGAAAGUGGCACAUUUUCUGGUCAUGACAUUUUGGAGAAUGAUUUGCCAAGAGAUGAUGCAAUGCGUGUUUAUUGUCCUUAUAAACCUGAGGAAGAUAUCAAACAUUCAAUAUUUUCAUGUUCGUUGAGUAAGAACGGUGAACUGGCAGUAAUUGGAGAUGAGAAUGACAGGGCUUAUGUUUUUAACAUCAUUACGGGUGAGAUAAUUAUAGAUUGUGGUUUGGAUCACAAGGAUAGCGUUAUAUUCACUGAAUUUAAUUAUAAUGAUAAGUACGUUGCUACUGCUGACAUGAGUGGCGUGAUUCAAUUGUGGCAGAUAAGCAACAAAAGUUGUAUCUGGUCUACCAACUUAUAUGAUGACAUCACGUGGGUUAAGUGGCAUCAUUCUGCUAAUGUCUUGCUAGUAAGCGUAGCAUCAGGAGAGAUUCACAUUUUGAAAAUAGGUAAUAUUGAAGCUCACAAAAUCAUCCCACGAGGAUACGGGAAUGGUGAUGUGCCAUUCGCUGGUGUAAUUCUUGCAGAUGGAAAACGUGCUGCACUAGGAUAUCGUAAUGGCACAAUUUGUGUAAUAGAUUUAAAGGUGAAUAAAGUAUUGUCUACUACACCUGGUGAUCCAACAGGAUUACAUGGGCAUUCGGAUACUAUCAUUGCUCUUGACUGUCACACGGAUGAUAAUUUGUUGAUUUCAAUAUCGCAAGGCGGCAAGACUAUGCUAAGCACAGCGCAUAAUGGAAAGAUUAUUUCUAUACUUCAAGAUUUGAAUUCUAACAAAACGGAGAUUAGUGAAGCGGGUGAUUCAGAUAGCGAACGUAGGUUUAGCCUAGAAGCCGCGGCUUUUUGUAAAGAUCCCACUUUUCCUGUGGCUGCAACUGGAAUAAUCGAUUACGAAGAUUCCGAUAAGGGUAGAAUUUACAUAUGGGAUGUUUCUAGACAAGUUCUUAGGCACGAAAUAAAACAAGAAGCAGGUGUUACAAGAUUGGUUUGGACCAACACAUCGAUAUUUUUUACUGGAGGAUUAGAUGGCAUAUUGAGAUGUUUUGAUGCAAAAGCAGGUUGCCAUCUUAGAUCAUUUUUAGGCCACACGAAUACUAUACUCGAUUUACAUAUUUCUUGCGAAGGAAAAAAAGUAGUGACGAGUUCUGACGAUGGUACUGCCAGAAUCUUCGAUAUUUCGUCCUUAUAUUAAUAUAAUGCUAUUAAUAUAAUAGAUGUAAGAUAUGUGUAUAAAUGCACAUGUAAAUAUCAAUAUGGAAAUUGUUUUAUUAUGUACAUAUAAAAUACGCUUCUUUAUGAAGGGAUCUUUAUGAACACAAUCAUAAAAUUUUUGUGUAACAA